UUGAAAACGAAGUUAUGAAAUUUAGAUUGUGGGCCUCGGCGGUUGAUUUAUUGAUUUACGGAGAUUAGAUCACAGCAACGUGACGCACGUUAGCCCCGGAUUCCUCCGUAAACCCGUACUCCAAACGGCCGAACCACCCAAGUUUGACGUCGUGCACCGCUGCCAUUAUUAGCUCCCCUCGCCGGUUUUCUUGUCUGUGACGGCUGCGUUGCCGUCGGAAGGUCCCCAGCUACUCGGCCAUUUUUCUGCACCGUCACAUACGAAUUUAGGUUCCUAUAAAUGAGGCUUUCCAAAGAGGAAGGGACAUGCAUAGCCGAGCCUGCUAGUACUUCGGCUAGAAGAGAAGACCUGCCCCUGGACCUAGUUUCAGCUGUUAAAGGACUGCAUGUUCUCAGUUCUCAUGACCUAAGCAAGUUAAUCCAUGAUGCUGAAAACAAUAUUCUGAGGCACAUCGAUCAGAAUGGAUCUAUUGUACAGGUUGAUUUAGAAAAACUCACUAGACACCUUGCGUUGCACCUAAUUGCGGCGAUCAUGGCACGAGGAACAAAUGAAGCUCUACUCAAAUACUUGUUAUCUGGAUUUCAGUUGUUGUAUUCUUUGAGCGAUCUAGCAUCUCGGCAUCCAAAACUUGAGGAGAUGUUGUUUGACGAUAUUAAACUAUCGGAGCAGCUACUUGACCUGGUCUUCUAUUCUCUAGUUAUACUACGUACUUGCAGUCAGAAGUUUCAGGUUUCAAAUGACAUGGUUCUUUUGCACUCCACUCUACUUGCGUCCAGCCUUUAUAUUUUGACAGCGUGCAUUUCUUCACACUGGCAAGAGCUAGCUCAAGUUUUACUUGUAUACAGCAAGGUUGAUAUUUUCAUGGAUGCUGCUUUCGCUGCCCUUUGUGCUGAUAUAAUGUUUCUUCAGAACAGUCUGUCAGUUGAACAUUCUGAUUCUUUUCAUGAAUCUACUUCUAAAGCUGUAGAAAUAUUGAAUCAUCUCUGUCAGCAGUGUGAGGCUUCUCUACAGUUUAUUCAGUCACUAUGUCAGCAAAAAUUGUUUCGAGAUCACCUUCUUAAGAAUAAGGAGUUAUGCAGCAAUGGAGGUAUUCUAUUUCUGGCUCAAUCUAUCAUGAGCUUAAAAGUAUCUCCAUUAUUCCGGGAGUCCUCUUCAACCAUAGCUUCUGUAUCUAGACUAAAAUCUAAACUUUUGUCUAUUUUGUUGUACCUCUGUGAAUCAGAGAGUGUUUCUUAUUUGGAUGAGGUUGCAAGCACUCCUGUAAGCCUUGAUUUGGCAAAGUCUGUUGCUUCUAAGGUUCUAGAAUUAUUGAAGAACACAUUUGAAAGGAAUUAUCAACAACCUUGUGUUCUCUCUGAUAAAACCUACCCUAGAGGACAACUGCAACUUAAUGCAAUGCGACUAGCUGAAAUCUUCUCUGAUGAUUCAAAUUUCCGGUCAUAUAUCACAGCUCACUUUACUGAAAUUUUGUCAGCCAUCUUUUCUCCUCCCCAUGGAGAGUUUCUCACUUGUUGGUGUUCAUCUGACCUUCCUAUUCGAGAGGAAGAUGCUACUCUGGAGUAUGUCCCAUUUGCAGCUGCUGGGUGGUUGUUCAAUUUUUUUUCAUCCUAUCAGUUAAUUGGGACAUCUUCAGAAUCGACAUUCACUCCUUGUAAUACAUCUAGAGUACCCUAUGGACACCAAAGAACUUCCCUUUUGGUGAAAAUCAUAGCGAAUCUGCACUGUUUUGUUCCUGAUAUUUGUAAAGAUGAUAAGGAUCUAUUCCUUAAAAAGUUUCAUGAGUGCUUGCGAAAUGAACCAACCAAAUCGGCUAUUGGCUCUUCAUCAAUUGGUUUUGCUGAAAGGAAGGUAGUUAUUCGCAAAAACCUAGGUUCACUUCUGAGUCACGCAGAAUCUUUGAUCCCUUCUUUUCUAAACGAAGAGGAUGUGCAGCUUCUGAGGGUAUUCAUUAAUCAGUUAGAGACUAUGUUUGGUCCUGUUAAAAUUGAAGAGAAUCGAGUUCAAGAGGCUCAAAGUGAAGUAGGAUGCUCGUUCUCUCUUCUGAGGACUGUGGACCUGCCAAAUGUCACUAACAAAAGUGUGGAUAUCAAAGAAUAUGUAUUGGAUAUAUCAUCUUGUCCAGAAUUAGACCAGCAUGAAAUAAGUGGCAGUGGCUCUUGUAAACCUGCUCACGUGGAGAUCAAGAAAGCUGAAUUUAUUUGUAGUGAAGUUAAAGUUAAUUUAGACUUGGAAAAGAAUGAAUCAGAUUCUAGUUUUAAGCAAGGGAAGAACCUUACUACUACAAAUCAAGUGGUGAAUGGUGUUGAGCACAUAAAAAAAGAUUGGAUGGGAGAGGCGAAAUAUGAUGAAACAGUUGAGAGCGCCCAGCAUGAAGUGAUGCCGCACAGGAAAAGAAAGCGUACCAUAAUGAAUGAUAAACAAAUAAGUAUUAUAGAGAAGGCCGUUGUGGUGGAACCUGAGAUGCAGCGAAAUAAAUCUUCUUUAGAUUUUUGGGCCAAUGAAUUAAGUGUCCAUGGUUCUGAGGUAUCAAGAUCCCAGCUCAAGAAUUGGCUGAAUAACCGGAAAGCAAAGCUUGCUCGCGCUGUUAAGGAUGGAUGUAUGUCAUCUGAAGGUGACAAUCCUCCUGAAAAACAUGGCAGUACUGUCUUUAUCCACCCAUUUGAUUCACCUGGUGACCCCACUGAUGAUAUAAUAAACCCUAUUUGCUCUGUAACUGCAAAAGUCCAUAGCACAGUUGAUGGCACCACCUUGAGAGCUACUGUUGCUAAUGGCAACUCCAAAACUUUGACUGAGUCCACGAAGUGUCAGCCGGGUCAAUAUGUCAUGCUUGUGAAUGACAAAAAGGAAGAGAUUGGAAGAGGAAAGGUUUUCCAGGUCAGUGGUAAAUGGUACGGGAAGGAUGUGGAGGAACUGGGAACAUGUGUUGUUGAUGUUGUUGAUCUAAAGGUUGAGAGGUUAUCAUGGCUCCCAUAUCCUUCUGAAGUCACAGGCACCUCAUUUGAACAGGCAGAAAGAAAAUUCGGGUUCAUGAGAGUCAUGUGGGAUUCAACCAAUCUAUUUGGGUUGCCUCGGUGAACCAAAAUACCCUUUUUAUUGUAAUGGAAAUGGUGCACCAAAGUUGUCAAUUGAUGUGGUUUCAAGCAAACUGCUGCUGGUCCCGCUGUUGCAGAGGGAAAUGCUUUUUUGACACACAAACCCAUGCUGGUGCACACACUACACAACAGAGAGGGUACUGCUUGGUUGUGGUGAGUUUCGGAUGAAAAUAUACUGUUUGGAGAAAGAAGAAAAAAGCUAAUAUGAGAGAUUCUUGGAAGUGGUUUACCAAACGACUCUUGCUACAAAAACUAGAUGUCUGGGACCUGGGAGUGAAGGAAUUCAACUGGUAGCAAUUUAUUAUUGUUGUUUAUGCUGUGGCUACCCACAAGCAUGCCAAAGGUUUUGGUUUAUGUACACUGAACUAUUUGAUCCUUCGAGCUUAUUGUAAUUAUUAUUAGUAUGCUAUCAUCAUUAUAAGGUAUUAAGUCUCUUUAAAAGUUUCAUCUUUG